GGACAGUAACGUGACGUUCCCUGCGGCCCGGGGUGAGGUGGCUUCUGCUGGGCCUCCUCCUGCGUCCUCUCCGCACCGCCCUGCCCCCACACCGCCAAGGGCCUGCCCCGGGCGUCCUCUGUGUUGUGAGAAUGUGUUUGUGUGUGAGUCCCCGGCCAUUAAGGGCACCACUGAGCCCCAGAGUAUUGGUGGAGGUGCUUCACCGUAAUGCCCUCCCUGCCUGGGUGUGCGGGUGUCACCAGCAGCCCCCCGCGGUGAUGCAGCAUGAACGAGGCAACACACCAGGCCAGGAAUCACGGGAAUUAGUCUUGAGCACUAUCUAAAGGUUUAACACAUUACAUUAGACGUAGUAUCUCAAUAACCUGCAGAUGUCAGCAGCACAGGUGGUAGAGGCCCAUGGGGAGGCAGCCCUGUGUGUAAGAAUGGAUUUGUGGGCUGAUGUGUGGGAAGGUUUCCAUCAAGAUAAUUAUUUACAUUAACUCUAAUACCUAAAGGCAAACUGAAGGAUCUUUUGUAGGCAAAUAACUCAUUCAUGCUUUCACUUCAAAACAAUGGAUGGUGCUCUUGCCUGGUUGGCCUUUCAUCUUGUGGUUGCAAAUGGGAAAAUUUAAGUAGAGUAAGAGAAGAAAGGUCCAGACAGCUGACAAAUUUUAUCAAAAGAAUAAAGCAGUUUUUCUUAAGGCAGUGUAAUAUGUCUUUCUCAAAACUAUUUGAUUCAUGCAUGAUUUAAUAACGUGUAUGAAUUAACCAAAUAAGCUGAGUUACUGCGGGUGUUAUGGAUGUAUGGCAGAACAAAAGUGGCUACAGAUUGGGACUUUGAAGUUAUAUAUUGUAUCUAGUCAUGGGGGUGGACCAGUUCCUCCUGACGUGGAACAACCACCGCUCCAACUUAGCAGAAGUUUUUACGCAGCUUAGGGUUCAGGACCAGUUGGUGGAUGUGACGCUGCUAUGUGAUGGGGGCAGCUACCCAGCCCACCGCCUUGUACUGGCCGCUUGCUCUCCUUACUUCCACCAGCUUUUCACACGCCUGCCCACCCAGCACCCACUCAUCUACCUCAGGGAUGUCAAACAGGCCGAGCUUGAGGCACUACUGGAGUUUAUAUAUCGAGGGGAGGUGAGUGUUGCCAACAGUGAGCUGACAGGCCUGAUAAAGAUUGCUGAGAGUCUCCGCAUCAAGGGUCUGGGCGAUGUGUCCCAGCGGGACCAGCAACACCCACUGGUGGGAGAGAAGAGGGCCAGCCCCCCACCCUCCCCUGCCUCUCCCCCUCCUCACCAGUCCCGCCCCAGGAAGGCACCGCGCCUCUCCACCAAUGGUAAUGGGGAGAUGAAGGGCCAAGACACCAACUUUGCUUCCCUCUUGUCCCCAGCCAACAGCUAUGGCCAUGCCAUUAACAAAACCACUGGCAGCAAGGAUGGCUUUGCUCAGCUGAUGGACACAGGGUGUCCAGACAUGCCAGAACACACCCUGGAUGGGGAGCAGACCCCCCCCAAUACUGGCUGGGACAUGUCUCUCUCGGAGUCUAAGUUACGCUCGUGUCUGGAGGGUCUGGAAUCAGUCUCUGCUGCUCAAUCUCUCGCUCAGUCUGUUGCUCAGUCUAUUGUCAUCCCCCGCACCCCCUACACCUCCACCCCACCCAAAAUGUCAUCCAGUAAGAGGGAGGCCGGGGAUAUUGCUUCCAAGGAGGCAGGCUGCCGAGGGGGACAUGCCUCCGCCCGCAAAAAGAACCCAGAGCCUCUAGAGCCCCGAAAACCCAGAGGACCUGCACCGGUGAACAGUCUGUCCUCGGCCAGCCAGGACGGAAUGAAGGACAUCAAGAUCCCCAAAGAGCAUAUCAAGACAGAGGUGGAUGUGGACAACCUCACAUCAGGAGAGGAAGGAGAGGCAGCUCCCAUGCUGCCCCUGUAUGAGACCUCCGGAGAGCUCCCUGCUUCAGGAGCAGGGGAGCUUUCAAACCCCCUGCUGGCCAGUUAUCGGCAUAUGCUGAGCAUGGGAGGGACUGAGGAGCGAGCUUUCUCCCCCCUCAUCCCCACUACGGUCCAAGAACAGCAACAGCAGCCACAGCAGCAGCAGGCUCCCUCUCCCACAAGCAGAGAUGCUCGGAGCCUGACCUGCCAGCUGUGUGGGGCCACUAUCAAGCACAUAGCCAACUUCCGCCGCCACAUGAAGCAGCACCUCAACCCCCGCCGCUUCCCCUGCCCCUGGUGCUCUGCUGCCUUUGGACGCAAGGACAACCUCAAGACUCACACCCGAAAACAUCAUGCAGCUGAGGUGGAGGCCCAAGAGGCUGGACUGCUGCCCCAGACACCUGGGAACAGACCCGACUCUGGGGAGGAAGGCAAGUGUGGGGGCAUGAGUGAUGACGGGGGGAGACUGCCGGGGCUCAAUGGUCUCAACGGCUCGGAGGAAAAAGACCGUGAUGAUGAGGAAGAGGAGGAGGGAGGGGGGGACAGGGACUCCUCCUCUGACCACAACGAAGGACUAGUGAUCGCUGAGGACACGGAGGAAGAGGAAGAGGAUGACGAUGAUGACUCCCGCACACAGGCGGAGAAUGGUCAGUGAAAGGUUGAUUCUCUGUUGGUUGAGGAAGCAGUGGCUGCUGGGCUGGGGCAUCCUUUGGUAAUGUUGAUGUUGGUACUGGAGAUUUCAAAUUUUACUGACAUAUCAUGGUUUCUAAAAUCAUUCACAUAUCACUGUAAAAUUUUGUGAUUUCAGUAUUCAAAUUCUAAUUUCCUCCAAAUUUUAUGUAGAAGAAUUUGCAUAUCAAUCAGAGUUGAUAUCAGUAACAAAAAUUUGUGAUAUACAGUAGCAAUAGAUCAGGAAUAUAAACAACAUGCUUACCUAAAUUUAGAAAUUCUUAGCUACCAACAAAAAAAUAGAUUUAUUGCUUAGCAAAUCUAUCAAGGAAAAAAUAGUCAUCAUAUUGGAAUAAUUAAAAGUUCUUCCAGUGAAAGGUAACAGCCUUUAAUUGGUGAUAAGCUGGUGUGAUCGCAUUGGAGUAAGUGAGCAGUGCAGGUGUUAGCAUUUAGUCCCUCACUGCAGCGUCUCAGAGUAUAUUUUCAUGAAUGACAAUAAUGAGAGAUGGGCAUUGGCAAUGGUAACAGUUCUUCUGCCACUGAGAGAGGUGUACUGUUGGGCUGGAACACUGUACCUUCAUGAAGCUGGAUCAAGGGAAAGAGUUCACAUCAUUCAUGGGGAAAAAACAAUGAAAUAUACAGAAGUCCUUUAUUGAGCUCUGAUUGUUGACAUAUUUUCUGGAGUGAAGUAGUUUUGUAAUGGGAUAACUUUUUAGUGCCUAAACCAUUAACUUGAGGCAGACCCAUAUUGUUGGAUUUCAGAGGAUUUGUGCACCAACUGACAAUAUUUGCAAUGCCUUAAAAUGUUCAAUUCUAGAAUUAAUUGAUACUAAUGACUUUUAUAUGCAACUAAAUUUUUGAGAAGCCUUGCCUCUUUGCUCAUAUCAUUACAGGAAAUAUAGACUUGAGUCUUUGUAUUAUAGGAUGUUAUCAUCUUUGGCAUUAUUUGACUGUAGAUUUGGUACCUUGUAGUGUCUAGUCAGAAGUAAAAAAGAAAUAGCAAUGAUUUAUCUAACUAGUGUGUGUGUGUGUGUGUGUGUGUGUGUGUGUGUGUGUGUGUGUGUGUGUGCAGGUUGUCAGAGCUGCAAUAAAUAGUCUAGUCCCAAGUGCAACAUUGCAAGCCAAACACGUAAUUGCAUGAUUUUACAACCCACUCUUCCACGUGCCCAAUCAUGUCUCGGCGUGUGUCAACUUGCCAAUGCUCAGUGUUACUGAGGAAAUAUUUUCCCAAGGAGACCUUAUAUAAUGUAACAGUCUGAUAGGUAGAUAACAAAAGUACUAGUUGAUGAGCUCUAUUUAAAGCAAACCACUAAAAGUGUGAUUUUUAGCAGAUACAGGAAAUUUUCAAUUUUUGUUUAAUUAUUUAAAAAAAAAAGCAUUUAUUGGUUUCAUAACAUUUUUAUUGUAGGUAUUUUAUGAAACAUCACUUUCUGUUACUGAUUUUUUUCAGGUAAUUCUGAUUAUCACCUGAUUUUGUUUGUUAAUCUGUAUAUUUAUGUAUUUAUUUAUUUAUUUAAUCCUGUAGAAAGCAUUUGUAGGUACAUCAUGCUGCCUUAAAAGGAGCUUAUGUUUAUAAUUAAUUCCUGUGAAAAUUCACAGACUAAUGAAGUCAGCUGCCAGAUUUUGUAUAGAACUGCUUGGUUUAUCCUGUGAAACUAUUUAAACAUUUUUGAUAAUUGCUUUUUAGGUGACAAUAGUGUAUUUUUGCCAUAAGAGUGGUGAGUCACCCUGUGUUGCUUGGCGAUGGCACAGCAGAAUGACUUCUCCACACCCACCAACACUUGCACUCCCUUGAAAAUAAUUAAAGCAGCACAACUUCAUCAUCUUGCAAUGUUCAUGAUUCAAGAAGAACUGCUUAGCAAAAAUAAGAAUAAAAGCAAACUUUGUGUGAUAAAAUGGUAGUUGAUUACCAUACCAAAAAUUUGCUGUCCUGAACCUUGGAAUAAUUUAUUCAUAUAUACACUAUACAUGCCUUCGGGAAGAGGACUUUCAAUGGUAAAUCUUGCAACAAGUUGACUUAUAUCAGUGUAAAAUUGCUGAUAUCCUCAUAAACACAUUUGUCAUCAUUCCUUGUAGGAUAAAUUCAACGACAAUGGAAGAACCAGAAUUAUGAUAUUGACACUUAAAUGGCAUUUAGCCACAUAGAUAUUGAAUUGUCUUGAAUUAGGACUGUCUAGUUUUUACUGAAUUUUCAAUAUAUUAUUUUGAAUAUAAUGAUUAAAGUUCCAUGCAUCAGGGAAGGCUGUGGAGUGUCACGGAGAUGCACAGUGGAUGUAUGGCAAUGUUGUGUUGUGUUGGUGGGUCGUGGGGGAGCCCAUGUUGGCGAGGAUGACAAGUUUGUGUACCAAUCCCUGUACCUGUUUCUGUACUUAUACAUACAAUAUGUGGAGUUGGGCCAUUAUUAUUAUUAUUAUUAUUAUUAUUAUUAUUAUUAUUAUUAUUAUUAAUAUUAUAAUCAUUAUUAUUAUUAUUAUCAAACUAGUCAAAGUAGAACAAUGUUGUUCCUUGAAUUAUAUUCAUUAUAUCCAAAGCUUUGAUGUCUUCACCAAAGCAUGUCAUAAAUAUUGAAUUUCUGUUUUAAGCGUACUGUUAACUUGAGACCAGUAUGUAUCUUCUAGUCGUGAUACUUAAAACACUAAUUAUGUAAUCAUUGGAUUCCUACAAUCGCACAAGUCAACCUUGUGUCUAGUCUAACCAUUGCAAGAUGUAUGUAGUUUUCUAACAGAAUGGUAUGCAAGUGAUACUAACAAGACCCCCAGCAUGAUCUAGUCUUGUAUACGACCGAAUAGUUCCUCUGAAAACUAACCACAUAUCUGGGUCGUUUUCUAGUCUUGUGCUAUGCACUUUAGUACACUGACCAACACUGCAGGGAAGUGUAUGUGUAGGUACAUUGACCAACACUAAACACUGCAGGGUAAUGUGUGUGAAGGUGUGGUAUAGGUGUAAUAAGUCAUGGUAGUGGAGGUAUGAAAACAUCAGGCUGAAUGGUAAGGAUGUACACUAGUUACUUAUUUAAGCUUUAUUUUUUCAACAAAGUCAUCAUUCUGUUGCCAUGAGGAGGUGAGGGAAAUGGAGUACAGGAAUGCUGGCUAACACAGAUAUGCAUGUAUGUACAGUAAAAUCAAUAUUAAAGCUGCCUACUAACCCAUUUUCUGUGAUAAAUCUAAGGCAUUGAGCCCCAGGGGUUGUGCCUCAUGCACUGAAGCACUCACAGCAUUAUCAUUCAAUCUGAGUGUAUCAAAGUCAAUCAGACUCAAAAAUAGGCCAAUAAAAGUACUUUUUGGCUUCAUAGUUCACUGUUCACAGCUUUCUCUUAAGAUGCCUGUUUCAGUAACCAUUUACUGCAGGGCUGUGAUUUUUACAAUCCAAAAAGAAUGCAAUUUUCAUCAAGUUAGGUUGUAAUAUUCAACCAAGAAUUUUGUCUGAAUGUUGCCGACAGUAUCAUAAAUUAUCACAAGUACAUACUAGUUUUCUGUAAAGGAGAUAAUUUUUUUCUAGUAUUCAUAUCCAGUUUACUGCCAUUUGUGAUUUGUUUUAUACUGAAAGAGAUACACUUUGUAGGGUCACUUUCAUCAUGAGAUAGACCAACAUGAUGCAUACAUAGGUUAUGUGUGAAAUCUAUCUAAACAACUCACAGUGAAUUAAUGAUUGGUGACAAGGAGGUAGUCUAGCAGAAUGAGUAACCCAUUUUCCUCAUUGGAAUGAUCCUGGCAAACAUAUCUAUUAUUAUUUGACUGUAGGUUAUUUCAAGCCUCCCAUUUAGCAAACGCCCUCAUUGUUUCAAGGGAAAAGUUAUUAUACACAUUUCCUUAACUAGAAGUAUUUUUUUUUAAAGCAGCUAAUUCUUCUUGGAUAUUGAGAAAGGCUUCAGUCUAGGUUUUGAUGUUCAGAUGUGGAACAAAAUCAUUACUCUCCAACGUUUAAAAAAAGUUGAUAAAAUGCUCUGAUGUAUGAAUAUUUGAAGGCAAAACUGUCUCUCCAUAAUAUGAUUCAUUAAAAGGUAUUCUUUCAGUACUGAUGAACUUUAAUCUUAAUGAAAAGUUAAAGUUUUAGCCAUGGCAACUUAAUAACGGUGCAAUAAGAAUCUUUUUUUGUUUUUGCAUGUCUCCAAUAGAAUUUUCAGUCAUAUGUAGUUUAGAACUUAACAUUUAUGUAAAAUAUCUGAUGGUUUGUUUGGCUGAAAGAUUUUUGUGGUCUACCCAGUACCUUUCCUCACUUUGAAGGCAGGAACUGCAGACUGUCAUUGUACCAGUAUGAAGUGCACUUAAAUCCCAGCAAAACAACAGUCACCAUUGCUAGGCCUCUACACCACCCCGGUCAGGCCCUGGGAGCGCCACAAGGUGCUCCCGCCUCUUGCACCUAGGGCAGCUGGCUCAUUGUACCAUGAGCAAGGUUUUUGUCUUUAAUUGUAGUCUGUAGAUGUUAGAUGCUGUGUAGUAUGUGAUUUUUACCUUUAGUGUAGCAGACAAUCUUGUGCUCUCACCUGUGUAGCCUUAACUAAGGAUGGGGAGUGAUUAUUACUAGUGUGAUCCCCCACCUUCAUCAGCAGAAUGCAGAAGCUCCCAAAGGUUACAAACAGAAGAUAUUAGUAUAGGAAAACUAUAUAUUGUGUAAGAUUUUAAUGUGCAAUUAAUACCAAAAGUUUUUUGACAUAGUAAAUAUAUUUAAAGGCUUUUGUAAUCCAAAUACAUUACACUAGAAAGUAGAUAUAAAGAUGCACAUUUUUUAAUAAAUUUAUUUUGGGGGGAAGACUCAGUCUUCCUUUUGGUCAAUUUUGUCAGCAUCACUGUAGAAUUGGUCAGUUGAACACACAUGCAGAUUGCUGCCUUGUUGCCAUGUUGCAUUCCAAAUGUAUACUGUGCUCAAGUGUUCCUUCACCCUCAUUGUUGACUCAGAGAGUAGAUGGGGCAGAGUACUUCUUGGCCAGCCUUGAGGUGGUGUUUAGUCAGGUGUGACCAGUGCAUACCAAGCAUAAGUGUCGGAAAGUUGCAAGUUCUGAACAUGUUAACCCAGCACGGCUCAGGUGAAGGGUGGAGCCAGGUUGAACGGUUACAUUCAUGGCAGAGCAGCCUGUUAGGGAAUGUACUUACCUCUGCUGAAAAAUGUCUUGCAACAUCAAAGUCAUUCUGUUUUCCAACACCAUUGUAGAUGAAGAAAGUUAUACAUGCAUAAGAAACCAUUUCAAUUUCAUUUCAUUCUAGUUGUUGGAAAUUCCAAAUUCAGUAGUAUCCACAAGUACUCUGGUUCAGCCCUGCAUUUACAAAGAGUCUGAGAGUUUUCUUAGACAACCAAGUUAUGCAGACACUACAGAGGAUGCAACAUGUACGUGUGUGUUUAUUUUUUGAUUAGGUGUAAAUAGGUGUUUUCUUAUGUGUGUAUUUCUUCAUCCUCCUAAUGCCUGCAGCUCUUGAUGUGCCUUAACUUUUCAAGACUUUAGGUCCCUAGCUGAGUUUUAGAGCUGUAGGAGGACAAAUGAGACCUGCAAUUUUCAGCCUUAGAUGGGGUACCCUUAAGGAUCCAUUUUUUCAGUGUACAGCAGUAGAUCCUGUAAAGGACUGUGGGAUGCAAAGCUUGACCACCCCCACAAUAGGGUCUUGUCAGCACCUUUCCCUUUUGUGUAUUUUAGACCUCUCAGAAAUACUUUUAUGUUCCAUCUUCCUUUUGCAUCCCCUGCAGCCAAGGCAACGUGCGCCUUUUUCUGAACUUUUGACCUGCAGCUAAUUCUUUCCCUAACCGGUUUGCUUCUUUUUACACAUUAACGUAGUACAGGUAGAGGAUUGGCAAUGGAUUCUUUUGAUGUCUCUUGGAUUCCAUUUUCUUUCAUCCGGUGUUUUAAUAAUAAUUGGUGUAGUGGAGGGAGCUUAGCUGUACUUAAUGUAUCUUUCAGAGUGUCAGAGUGUGGUAUUUUUCCAUAAGGCUUCCUGACUACCAUAUUUUUCCCAUAGAGUUUUUUGUCAAAGUCUUUUUACUGUGUGAUGUGUUUUUAUAACUCACUCACUGUAUUGCCUUAGUAACCAAUACGCAAGACUGGAUAUUACAAAGUACACUGUAAACCAUCUGUGUUAUAUAGAGGCCGGUGUGUUGCUUGGGAGGGCCUGUAGACGUGUUGGCAGGGGCAGAGCAAGGAAGAGAUGACUUAUCUUAACCAUAGCAAGAGCUCAAGAAAAUAACUAAUGCACUUUCCACAGAGCUUGUAUGAGUCUUUAGUGUAUAGCUAUUUUUCCAUUAGUCGUGUGUGAUACUAAGCCUGUAGUUCUUUUUUAAUGUAGCUUUAAAAGGAGACUAAAAUUAGGACUUUCAUUAAGACUAUAGCACCAGAAGGUUGCUGUGUCAUAACUAGGUGUAAGUUAAGGUUUGUCAGGAGACUGCUGAUGCCUUCAGCUGCCAGUACGACUGAUCAUUGAGGCUAAUCAUUUGAAGGAUCAGCCAAACCUAUAUUUUCCUGUUUGUAUUUUGGAUCCAAGAUAGUAUUGUAAUGGACAGAAUUGAUGUCAAGAUAUAAAGACUUUUAGUUCCUUGUCACCCUAGUCUAAUGUUUUUUUGAAGAACACUGAUGAGGUUCACGUAUUAAGUAAGUUAAAGAUAAUAUGUAUGGGAUAAUCAGCAGGAAGAGGAGAGGCUUAUAAGGCCAUUAUCAGUUAUAGUUUUAAGGCUGGGUAUGUCAACAUGUGUGGUUUAAUUGGGCUAACUAUUGUUUUUCACAUCAUUCUUAAUGCAUUUAAUCAUGAUGUUAAUGAAACUCUUUCAGAGUAAAUUUCUCCUCAAGCCAGUUAUCAAACCAUGCCCUGUAGGCUGUUAUACUCUAUACUGAACGACAAUGUUUAGAGUGUUUUACAGAAAAAUGGCCAGAACUCACGAGGCAUCGAGAAAGCUAAACAUACAUACCUGUGAUGGCCGACAGUGUUGAGGCGAGUAGACCCCACUGAGCCUGGGCACCCUGACCCCAGUCUUGGGUGGAAGCUUCAGGCAGCAUGUAGAAACCUCUGAUUUUGCUCAAAUGGUUAAGGAAAGUAUCCAUGGCAUCAAGCAGUGCCCUUGAUUUCAUUAAUAUUCAGGCUAAAUAUUUUGAUGUAGCAGUGGGAUUCUAUUUACUCCAAAGAGCUUUAUUACCAAGUUAUAUGUACAUUUAGUAUUCUGUAUUUUUUCUAAUUAGAAAACCUUGUAUUUUUAGCAACAUUACUAAUUGAAAGGCAUGUUUUCUGGUAGAGGAGUCAUGUCACAUAGGCAUGCUAUCAGAACUUCUAGAGUACUAGUCAGAAUCCCUCAACAUAUUCCUUACUGCAUCAUUGUUCUUUAACACAUUGAUAAUGAUGAUUCCCAUCUUGUAAUUGCCUGAUUAGUUGCUCUUUAUUUAUCUUUACCUUUAGUAUGUCUAUCUCAGACAUUCUGUUAAAUUUGAUAUGCUUAAAAUUGUAAGGAAUUACAUAAUUUCCAAUUCAUGCCUGUACUUCAGCAAGAAGUUGCUGUGUGAGCCUGCACAGUGUGGCUAACUUACCGUGUGAUGGCAAGACAGUCAACCAUCGAAUACUUUGCUCAGCGCUUUGAUUGGUCUCUGCAUAGCUUUUAAUGUUACAGUCACUUGGAUUGUUGAGGUGACAUGCGUGUGUGUGCGUGUGUGUGUUCCGGUAAUGUAGUUGCGUUGUGAUUUAGUUUAAAUAUUUUUUAUUUUACACGUAGGGUACAAAUAUUUUUUUGAUUUAUUUGCUUUUAUAGAUUAUGUUAGUGAUGAAUACAAUCAUAUUAUGUGGAUUUUACCUUGGAGAUGUUUGUAAAUAUUCUUUCAUUUUACCUGCAAUAAUUCCCCAUUUUUUCUCUCUAGCUCAGUAAAAUUAUCACAGUCAUAGAAUUAUAUUUUUGUUACAUGUAAAUUGGUAUUUGUUGAUGCAAAAAUUAUGUUUUCUUCAGUAUGAACUACACAACUGUUUUCAUUAUAUAUAUCGUACCAUGUAGAAAACUCCCCAUUGCCUGGGUGGUGGCUGCCGCCCCUCACGGCAGCCUCCCCACCCUGUGAGAGGUGUGUGGUUUAUGUUUAUUCAUGCAUUUUGUCUCCACCAUGUAGAUGGAUUAGCAACAAAAACAUUGAAAUUUGGCUGUGUAAUGUUUGUGUUGAGUGUGGGCAGCAGCGGGGUCACAGACGGCAGGACAGCCCUCCGGGGAGUGGGCGUGGCCGAGGUAGUGCCAUGGCAGCAGUGGCCUAUAUUAUUCAUAGUACAAGUAGUGAUGCAGUGGAGAGUGUGCCAGUGACGGACUGCAGAGUAUUGUGCAGGAGUGUAGGCCAUUUCCUUUGCUGGACCUUUUCUCCAGACAUUUCUUCACUGCUUUAUUCCCUCAUAGACAUUUUCCCCUCCUCAACACUUCCCUCUUCAGACAUUUUCCCCUCCCAAAGAUUUCCUCUUAAACAUUUUCUAUUCCUGAAUGGUCUGAACCUUUAUCUCAUCCCUAUUUAUUUAUCUCCACUUUUCAAACUAAUCACUCCCAACUAAAUGAUGUAAUAAGCUAGAAAGUAACUUAGUCCCAGUAAAUGAACAAACUAACCUCACUGAAUUAGUAAUAUAGAUUGUCUUUGUCUUUCAUAACAAAGUACAGUUGAACACAUCCAUGGGGGGAUGUCCAGAGGGGAAUCUGCCUUGGAGGGAAAAUGUCUAAAGGGAAACAUGACCAGCCUUGUCACAUGGGGAUGGUUUGUUGAACUGGGAAUGUUAGGGAAGGUCACAGGCAUAACAUACGCCUGAGGGAGGAGGGAGGGUGUUCUGUGCCGCCCUGGAUCCCACUGGGGGCUGCACCUGCCCGCUCAUGCCACCACAGGGCCUGGCUGAAGUCAAUAGUCACCGUACCUGUGCAGCUUAGAGUACAGGCCAGGGGCGGGCAGGCCGAGGCACCACGUUGCAUAUUCAGAGGCUCCUUAAUGUAUUUCACUAGUCAGGAUGUAUUUAAUGUAUUCUUUUAUAUAUUAUAAUACAAGUGUGAUGUGUGCA